GGGGUACAUAAUCCUUGUAAAGGUGUUUUAUUUCUAUAUCUCAUGCUCAUCUCAUCAUAAGAAAGUGAUGGGAGUUUGAAAUUUGGAAAGGAGUACAUUUCGCUUUUGAAUUACUUUUUUGAGUUACGUGGGAGACGGAGGGUAGACGACUUCGCUGCAUGAGCAUUGGCUUCAAAAACUUAACUGCGUCUGACACUCAACGUUUUACCCAACAAAGUGAAGGCACUGGUCUGGUCUUGUUUUCCAAACAGCAACAUUCCACCAAUCCCAGUGUUCUGGCCACAACAUCAGCUGAACUCCUUCACGUCCAGAACCAGCGUAAUACAGGAUCCAAACCAAAUCACAGACCCAUUACAAAAAAGCUGCGGAAGUUAGAAACCAGGAAAGGAGAGAAAAAAAAAUCAAAAUAAACCAAAAAUCAAAGGAAGAACUCAACUGAAAAACUGAUUUUCUAUCUCUUUCCUCUCGGUCCGUUGCUAGAGGGAGAGAGCUGAAUCGGUGCUUUUCUAGUUUUGCUAACGUGACCGUAGAAGGGAUAUCCCGACAUCCACCAGCACGCAGUCUCUUCAUUUGUCAAGCUCUCUCUCACCACCUCUUGUGAGUGGUUGAGAGAGAGAGAGAGAGAGAGUGGAAGCGCACAAUUCAGGAAACAAAACAGCUUUAUGGUGCUUUGCCACCGAAUGGAAGUUUGAGGGAGAGACACUGGACUCUUUGAGGGGCACAGGGGCAGUUCUCAGUAGACCAUGGGCAAAGAGCAGGAUCUGCUGCAGGCAGUGAAAAAUGGAGACCUGCCCUCUACGCAGAAACUACUGGCCAAGCUCAAAGCCAACAGAAGCAAGUUGUUGGGCUCCACCAAGAGACUGAACAUUAAUUACCAAGAUCCGGAUGGGUUCUCUGCUCUUCACCAUGCUGCUCUGACAGGCACCACAGACCUGCUGUCGGUGCUGCUGGAGGCCCAGGCCACAGUGGAUAUUAAGGACAGCAAUGGAAUGCGGCCGCUCCACUAUGCUGCCUGGCAGGGUAAAGCUGACUCGGUUCUUAUGUUGCUGAGAGCAGGAGCUUCAGUCAACGGUGCGUCUCAAGACGGACAGAUCCCUCUUCACCUGGCCGCCCAGUACGGACACUAUGAGGUGUCUGAGAUGCUGCUACAACACCAGUCUAAUCCCUGUACCGUAAACAAAGUUAAGAAGACACCUCUAGACCUGGCCUGUGAGUUCGGCAGGGUUAAGGUUGCCCAGCUGUUGUUGAGCAGUAAUAUGAUUGUGACUCUGUUGGAGGGCGAUCGGAGGGACACGGCAGAGCCUGGUGUGAACACUCCUCUUCAUCUUGCUGCUCGUAACGGCCACAAGGACGUUAUCCGGCUACUACUGAAAGCUGGAAUCGACAUCAACAGAACCACGAAAGCUGGUACAGCUCUUCAUGAAGCUGCCCUGUAUGGGAAGACAGAGGUCGUGAGACUGCUGCUAGACGCCGGAAUCGAUGUGAACAUCCGUAACACAUACAACCAGACAGCCCUGGACAUUGUAAAUCAGUUCACCACCUCUCACGCCAGCAAAGACAUUAAACAACUCCUACGGGAUGCUACAGGUGUUCUCCAGGUGAGAGCUCUGAAGGACUACUGGAACUUGCACGAUCCCACCGCCCUCAAUAUCCGCGCUGGUGAUGUCAUAAUGGUUCUGGAGCAGCACAUGGACGGGCGUUGGAAAGGACACAUUCACGACAGCCAGAGAGGAACGGACCGUGUGGGCUACUUCCCCCCAUCUAUAGUGGAAGUUAUCAGCCGACGAUCAGGGGGCACCCUGUCCCGGCACGCCUCUUUGCCCACCCAGAGACAACAGCAUCUGCUCUCCAGAGUCCCUCUCAGCUCCAGCGUGAGCACAGGGCCUCAGACUGACGACUCCUACACAUUGUAUGCCCCUAAUCCACACCUUACCCUGCCCCAUGCCAACGGGCUGAGUGGCCACACAGCUGGAGACAGGAACAGUGUGGGCAGUACAGGCAGUGUUGGGAGCACUCGUAGUGCAGGCAGUGGACAGAGCACCGAGAGCAACAACACACCAAACGGCCUGCACCAGACCAGCACCAACCCCGACCCCAGCAAGCAACCAGCGCCCUCUGCUGGUGACUCAGGACAACAGGACCAUAACAAACAGCCGGAUCACUCCACAGGCGGUCCUCGUAGACUGGCGGCAGCCAUGCAGAGGGCUGGAGAGCUGGGCUUCUCCCAACAGUUUGUACAUCCUCAGCAGCUCCUGGAGGGCAAGGAUGCAGAGGCGAUCUACCAGUGGCUGAGUGAGUUUCAGCUGGAACAGUACACAGCCAAUUUCCUUAACGCAGGAUAUGAUGUCCCCACUAUUAGCAGAAUGACCCCAGAGGAUUUGACUGCUAUUGGAGUGACCAAACCAGGUCAUCGGAAAAAGAUCUCGCUGGAGAUUGGCAACCUGAGCAUUCCUGAGUGGCUCCCAGAGUAUACACCAGCCGGGUUGAGUGAGUGGUUGAGUGCCAUAGGUUUGCCUCAGUACCAUAAGAAGCUGUCUGAGAAUGGGUAUGAUUCCAUCAGCAUUGUCAGAGAUCUCACCUGGGAAGACCUGCAAGAGAUUGGCAUCACCAAACUGGGCCAUCAGAAAAAGCUCAUGUUAGCAGUGAAGAAGCUGUGUGACAUCCACAAGGCUCAGCUGCAAGCAGAGUCAGGACAGGGGACGCUACGCCGCAAAGCCCCCGCCUCUCUGGACCUGCUCGCCAUCGAACCACCUGAGGGUAGUGGAGCAGAUCUCCCAUCCCCCCACACACCCAAAAUGCUCAGCUUCCAGGACAGCGAAUUGAGCACUGAGCUUCAGACGGCCAUGUCUACUCAUUAUCAGGAUGGCCUGGUCAUCAAGAGCGCCAUGGGGAUGUCGGUCAGCCAGGAAAGCAUCGACGCCAGGUCCCGAGGCUCCGGACGCUCUCAGGAACCUCCCAUCACGCCUUUGUCCACGCCCACCUCUCACAGCCACUCCCGGGAGAGCUUGGCCAGCUCCGACAACAGCCCCGUUAAGGAGCGGAACAUUCCAGAGGGCCACGACCAGCGUCCGCUACCCGUAAAUUCCUUACCUGGCUUUAAGUAUCCGCCAGUGCCCGCAAAACCCAAACCCGGGUCUCUGGUUCCCUCCCCACAUGGUUCACCAGCCCAAAAGAACUUCAGCUACCUGCACUCUCACUGUGGGAGCACCACAUUGGAACGAAGCUCAGCAAACGUGCAUAAGAAACGCACGCAGAGCCUGACCCGCUACGCCCUGUCGGACGGAGAACCCGAUGAAGAGGAGGACGAAGAGUCGACUCCGUCUGCCGGAGCGCUGCCCUCCUACGCGACGCUGAGCCGUCGGCCGGGCAGAAACCAGCUGGCCCGGCUACAGUCCGCGCCGGAUCAGUCCGUCAACCGCAGCCAAUCCUUCGCCGUCCGUACCCGUCGCAAGGGACCCCCUCCGCCCCCUCCCAAACGCCUCAGCUCUGUCAGCACCACCACCACAACAAGCGAAGAGGCGGCGGAACAAACGUCGCCCCCUGCAGGCGAAGUGGAGACUGUUAGUCCCGGAAGCGUGAAGAGCAUCGCAGCUUCCCUUGAAAGCAGCCUAACGGGCCCCAAAGUGGUGCUCCACCAGGAGACCUGCGUGUCCUCCUCGUGCACCUCCACCGAGGGGCUAAGGAGGAGAGGGAUGAGCGAGAGCGAGCCCGAGGUCAAGUCACCGCGCGAUCCGGACCGAGCCGUGAAGUCCGAUUCUGAGGAAGAAGAACCCAAGAAUUCUGGGUUAGAUGGCUCAGGAUCGCCCCAAAACAGCUCCAGUGAGUGCAUCCCUUUCGCAGAGGAAGGAAACCUCACCAUCAAACAGCGACCCAAGACCAGCGGCCCACUCAAACCAGACAGCGCCGGGGAUGCGCUAGAGAAACCGGCUAAACCGGCUAAAGCCCAGGAGGUCCCAGAGUUUAACCUGAAAGAGUCAGACACGGUAAAGAGGCGACAUAAACCCAAAGAGAAAGAGCAAACAUCACCUACCACACCCGUCAGCGACGAAGAAAACCAGACGGUUCCGGCCCAGAGGAACCAGAACAGUGUGAGCCUCCGUAUCAGUGAGACUGAUAUGACGCUGCCGUGUGUGGAACCGAGUGGACUCCAACUUUCAAAACCACCACCACCCCCGGUAACACCAAAACCCGCCAGUCCACUGAAACCUCCAUCACCUUCCAAAACCACCCAUAGCUCCCCGACCACAGGCCUGACACUCAAUGUGGUGCAGAGUUUGGCUUUUGCUGCUCCCCCGCCCUCACCUCCUGUCCUGUGCUCGCCACCGGCAGUGCCUCUGAUUCAGCCUGUGAACUCAGGAAAGUCCCAGGCAAGUGUGGCUGGACCAGGCCCAGGUGUGCAGACGGUGCUAGUGCAGAAGAGACUAGAGCAAACCAGCUCAUCUCUGGAGGAAGCGCUGAAGGCCGUAGAGAGAAAACUCACUCUGGAAGACAUUGCAGAGGGUGGCACCCAGACCGUGAAGUCUGCAGGGAACAUUCUAGAUGACAUUGGCAACAUGUUUGACGAUCUGGCCGACCAAUUAGAUGCCAUGCUGGACUAACCUUCAUCUUCCUCACACUGUGGGCCACACACUCCAUAAAGAGAGAGAGAGGACACGGGACAGCAGACCAGUGAAACACAGCAGUUUUUCUCUCUGCACUGCCAGAGGAGACUGAGCUUGGCUUUGUCAAACAGAAGAGACAUUAUGAUCUGGGGGUCUGGAGAAGAAUCCUACUGCGAGAUUAACUUUUUAAGGAAGGGUUUUUACAGCCCUUAAAACUACAGUUCUCCGACCUCUCCUUAACCCUCUCUUUUGAAGCACUUAAACUUAACUGUGCUGACCUUACAUGUUUUACCUCUGACCCAUUAGCAACCCCUCCACCUCUCACUAUUUCUCUCUCUCUCUCUCUCACUCUCUCUCUCUCUCUCUCUCUCUCUCUCUCACUCUUUCGCUCUCUUUCUCUCUGUGUAACUCUCGCAAACUUGAGCUCUUGACUCAGAUCUUGCUGGUCAACACGCUCACAUUUAUUAGACCUGUGACUGAUGCUCUCUUGCCAUUUUCUGUGCGGUUUUUAAAAUGUUAAAUUAAUACCAUGGAGUAUUCACAUAGGGCCCAAAACACAAAGCAGAAAGGCAAACUCUGACAGCUGAGAGGAGAUCAGAUGGGUGACUUCAUGGCAGUGCACUUGGAAGAAUCAUUCCACAAACAGCAAUAUAUUUGAAAAGACUGUUGUAUUAAUGCUGUUUUUGUUUAUAUUUUCCAGACAUUUCAAAUUUUAUAUCUUUGCUAUGAACUUUAAAUGAGUUUUCUAUUGGGUGACCUGACGGUCUUUUCAUUGAGAGAUGGUUUGUUUCAGAGAAGAGCCUGGGCACCAUUGGGCUGUUUAAUAACAGAAAAAAAAAAUAGUAUUUUUUGGAAAUGAGUGCGUUUCUGCAGACGAGAUACACCAUGACUGACAUUUUUUUUAUUAAACUGUAUGUGUAAAACCAGUAUGUACAAGUAUGAUAUUGUAAACAAUGAUAUUUUAACAAAGGGAAGUGAAGUUGUUUCACUAAUGAACACAGAAUCUGCACCGAUUCCUUACUGUCCAUUUUGAAUGACAAGGACAGUGUGUGUACAGUUGACAGCAGACAGGGACAUUUAAGAGGCAAUUAUAAACACUUUAUUUUUUUUUUUUUUCUGGAAUUGUUUCAACUCAAUUUAGAUCAGUUAAAAGUAGUAUUUAAAUCAGUUUAUCAGAAUAUGUAUAUUGUAUAUCACACAUAUAUGUGAUUGUUGGGGAGCAAAAACUGUGUGUUCUACCAAAGCCUUGUGUAUAAUAUUAUUAUUAUUUGUUUUCCCUCAGAUGUUUUAAUAAUUGCAGAUGUUAACUGGAGUCUCCUCACACAUGCAGCUAAACUAAUGAGAGGACACACUUUUGAUACUAAAAUCUCACAUUUUCCUCUUUAUGCUUUGACACCACAUGGAAAAUUUCCACCGCUGAAAAGGGUGAAACUUCACAUCGUACACUGUCUUUGAUCGUUUUGCCUUUCCUGUUUUUCAUGAGACCGAAGUGGUGAUGCUGGAGUCGUUUCCUUGUCGUAUAAUUUGCCCUUGAAUCAGAUGGCGUCAUUCUGGGUUCUCACAUGACACAGAAAACCCUUUUUUUUCCACCAGGACCUGUCAUAAUGAAGGAUUAUUCAUCUGGGAGAUUGGGUUUAAUCUCACACCCGUCACUGUUUGUCUUCUUCUUUACGCUCUCACAAUGCGCCCUCUUUUGUUUACUGUUUCUAUUAAAUGAAUUUAA